CAUUGAGCAAACCCUCCUUUUAAGGUGUUGUCAAAGCACGAUGUGAUUACCGUGGUAUUUCGUCUGAAAGUUAUUAUGGGGUUUGCCUGUGGUGUUGUGUGACGCGUCCUUUGAGCUACCUCGAGCGUGGUCAUGAUCUCCCCAUAACGACUCGUUUUCUUCCUCUCUUUGGAUGAAUGCGCGUUUAUGCAUCUCGCAGUGGUUUCGGCGUGUUCCCCGCUUAAUUCGCGCAGGUUCUCGCGAGAUCAGAGGGGAGCGAGUGUUUUCGGCUGCGGCUGGAUGAGAUUUGAGUGGCGCAGCAGAAUGAGCGCUGAUGCAGUAACGCAGCCGCAGCGCUUUGUGUUGCACCUCUGAGCCGCCUUUACGCACUUCUCCUCAUCCUGACAACUUUUACCAGGCACUUUACAGUCUUUGUCUGUGCAGCCUUACUGGAGGAGACUUCAUCUUCAUCUUCCUCAUCAUCUACUGGAGAGGCGCAUCACUAACGCACGCAAAGCUGCUUUCCUCUUCUCUGAGUUUGUGUGUUUUUGUCACUUUGGUUAUUAAUGUGAGCUGUUGGUCGUGCAGCGGGAGCGCGCGCAGAAUGAGGCGGCUGCUCGUGCUCGCGACGGGACUCUCAGCGCUCGUGUCGCUGUGUGUAUCAGCGCAGACGCUCGACGCAGGCGCAGACAGAGCUGCGCAGACGCUCGACGCUCAGGAGCAGCCGAGAGCGAACCGAUCGAAGCGGCGCGGCGGCGGACAGGACGUGCUCAAGGGGCCGAAUGUGUGUGGAUCCCGUCAUCACGCGUACUGCUGUCCUGGAUGGAAGACCUUGACCGGAGGGAAUCAGUGCAUCGUCCCUAUUUGUCGCAGCACCUGCGGAGACGGCUUCUGCUCCAGACCCAACAUGUGCACCUGUCCGAACGGCCAGAUCGCGCCCACCUGUGGAUCCAAAUCAGUCCAGAACUGUAACAUCCGCUGCAUGAACGGCGGGACGUGUGCGGAGGAACAGUGUCUGUGUCAGAAGGGAUACAGCGGAGCUCACUGCGGCCAACCGGUGUGUGAGUCCGGCUGUCUGAAUGGAGGCCGAUGUGUCGCUCCAAACCGCUGUCUGUGUAACUACGGCUUCACCGGAGCUCAGUGUGAAAGAGAUUACAGGACGGGUCCUUGUUUUGCCUCAGUCAGUAACCAGAUGUGUCAGGGUCAGCUGACCGGAAUCGUCUGCACCAAGACGCUGUGCUGUGCGACGGUGGGACGGGCCUGGGGUCACCCGUGUGAGCAGUGUCCAGCGCAACCGCACCCCUGCCGCCGUGGCUUCAUUCCCAACCACCGCUCUGGAGCCUGUCAGGAUGUGGAUGAGUGCCAGGCCAUUCCUGGACUCUGUCAGGGGGGAAACUGUGUGAAUACUGUGGGCUCAUUUGAGUGCAAAUGCCCUGCUGGACACAAGUUCAACGAAAUCACACAGAAAUGUGAAGACAUUGACGAGUGCUCUCAGAUCCAAGGCCUGUGCAAUGGAGGUCAGUGUUCCAACACCAUCGGCAGCUACUUCUGCAGGUGUCCGGUGGGAUUCGACACGGCGCUGGACGGAUCGCGCUGCAUCGACGCGCGGACGGGGUUCUGCUACGCUAACAUCGUGAACGGACGCUGCGCUAACCUGCUGCCGCAGCGCAUGUCCAAGAGUCAGUGCUGCUGCGAGAACAGAGGAUGCUGGUCCGGAUCCACCGUCCCGGAGAUGUGUCCCAUCCGCGGAACAGAGGAGUAUCAGAGACUCUGUCUGUAUGGUCACACGAUUCCUGAUCCAGACCGACCGGGUCCGGGUCCAGGUCUAGGUCCGAUUCUGAUUCCGAUCGAUCCUCGUCCUGGUCCUGGUCCUGGUCCUGGUCCUGGUCCAGGCCCAGGUUUUCCUCAUGUGCCGCCCACAUCCGUUGAACUUCCCUCAUUCACCAUCAGACCAGUCAUUCUGCCUCAGAACAUCACGAACAUGUGCGAGGCGUUUCGUAACCUGUGCAUCAACGGCCGCUGCGUGCCGACGCCGGGCAGCUACCGCUGCGAGUGCAACAUGGGCUACAGACUGGACGGCCGCGGCGAAUGCAUCGAUGCGAACGAGUGUGAGCGAAACCCCUGUGUGAACGGAGAGUGUGUGAACACGCCCGGAUCCUAUUACUGCCAGUGUCCCACUGGAUUCCAGAGCACGGCCACCAGAACCGAGUGUCGAGAUCUGGAUGAGUGCGUGGCCAACGGCCGCAUCUGUAACAACGGCCGCUGCGUCAACACGGAGGGCAGCUUCCACUGCGUGUGCAACGCCGGCUUUGAGAUCUCAGCUGACGGAAGGAACUGCCAAGACACUGAUGAGUGUUUGAUAAGGAACAUCUGUCUGAAUGGCAUGUGCAUCAAUGAGGACGGCAGCUUCAAGUGCAUCUGCAAACCUGGAUACUUGUUAGAUGGUACUGGACGAUUCUGUGUGGAUGUGGACGAGUGUGAGACUACUGGCCAGUGUAUGAAUGGUCACUGCGUCAACACAGAGGGCUCGUUCCGCUGCGAGUGUAUGGCGGGACUCGCCGUGGGGCUCGACGGACGCAUCUGCGUAGACACACACAUGCGCAGCACGUGUUACGGCGGUUAUAAGCGCGGUCAGUGUGUGCGCCCGUUCUUCGGCGCCGUCACCAAAUCCGAGUGCUGCUGCGCCAGUGUGGAGUACGCCUAUGGAGAGCCCUGCCAGCCGUGCCCGCCGCUCAACUCAGCUGAGUUUUCGGUUCUCUGCAGUCACGGCCUAGGAACCACGACUGACGGCAGAGAUAUAAACGAGUGUGCGCUGGAUCCUGAAAUCUGUCAGAACGGCGUGUGCGAGAACAUGCUCCGAACGUACAAGUGCAAUUGUAAUCUGGGCUUUGAGGUGGACAUCAGCGGGAAGACCUGCGUCGAUGUGGACGAGUGCAUGAUGAACAGACACCUGUGUGAGAACGGCGUGUGCAGGAACACGCCCGGCAGCUUCAACUGCCACUGUCCAAAGGGCUUCAUCUUCCAGCCCGAGACAGAGGUGUGUGAAGAUGUCGACGAGUGUUUGAGUAACCCGUGUGUGAACGGCGAGUGUAAGAACAGCGCCGGGUCGUUCCUGUGUCUCUGCUCUACGGGAAGCACACUGGACAAUUCAGGAACUCUGUGUGUGGAGACCACUAAAGGCACGUGUUGGCUGAAGGUGGUGAACGGACAGUGUGAGAUUAACAUUAACGGAGCGACGCUGAAAUCUCACUGCUGCGCCACGCUGGGGGCGGCCUGGGGCUCACCGUGUGCCAGAUGUGAACCAGAUCCGUUCUGCUCUAAAGGUUACGGGCGGUCGAAGGGAACCGUCUGUGAAGAUGUGAACGAGUGUGAGGUGUUUCCUGGCGUCUGCAUCAACGGGAAGUGUGUGAACACGGACGGGUCGUUUAUUUGCCAGUGUCCCACUGGGAUGACGGUGGAUUCGACUGGAAGAACCUGCAUUGACCUGCGCACGGAGCUGUGUUACCUCACACACGAAGACGAGCGCUGCGGCGCUCCGAUCCCCGGCCGGCACCGCGUGGACGCCUGCUGCUGCUCCGUGGGCGUGGCCUGGGGCCCGGAGUGUGACGAGUGUCCGGAGAAAGGAACGCCAGAAUACAGCCAGCUCUGCCCUCGGCCCGGAUUCUCCCACCGCGGAGACUUCAUCAACGGCAAACCCUUCCUGAAAGAUAUAAACGAGUGUAAAAUGAUCCACAGCUUGUGCACAAACGGCCGCUGCAGGAACACCAUCGGGAGCUUCCGCUGCAGGUGCGACAGCGGAUUCGCUCUGGACUUUGAUGAAAGGAACUGCACAGAUAUCGACGAGUGUCGCAUCUCUCCCGAUCUGUGCGGUCACGGCACGUGUGUGAACACAGCCGGCGAUUUCCGGUGCGAUUGUUUCCCCGGAUACGAGAGCGGAUUCAUGAUGAUGAAGAACUGCAUGGACAUCGACGAGUGCGAGCGCAACCCUUUGCUCUGUAGAGGAGGUGAAUGCAUCAACACCGAGGGCAGCUUCCGCUGCGAGUGUCCGGAGGGCCACGAGAUCGCUCCUGACGGCUCCGCGUGUCUGGAUAUCAACGAGUGUGAGCUGAGCGACAAGCUGUGCAGGAACGGUCAGUGUGUGAACAUGAUCGGACGCUAUCAGUGCUCCUGCAACACCGGCUACAAAUCCACCGAAGACAGACUGUCGUGCGUCGAUAUCGAUGAAUGCACCAUUGAGAACGGCGGCUGCGAGACGUUCUGCACGAAUUCAGAGGGGAGUUACGAGUGCAGCUGUCGCCAUGGUUACGCCCUCAUGCCCGACCUCAGGAGCUGCACAGAUAUCGAUGAGUGUGAGGACAGUCCUGACAUCUGUCACGGCGGUCAGUGCACCAACAUCCCCGGUGAAUUCCAGUGCCUGUGUUUUGACGGCUACAUGUCGUCCGAGGAUAUGAAAUCAUGUCUGGAUGUGAACGAGUGUGAGCUGAAUCCAAACAUCUGUCUGAGCGGGAAGUGUGAAAACACAAAGGGCUCGUUCAUCUGUCACUGUGACCUCGGCUUCUCCGUCAGGAAAGGAACGACCGGCUGUACAGAUAUUAACGAGUGUGAGAUCGGCGCUCAUAACUGCGACCGACACGCGACCUGUACGAACACCGCCGGCAGCUUCAAAUGCAGCUGUGCUCCGGGCUGGAUCGGGAACGGGAUCAAAUGCACAGAUCUGGACGAGUGUUCUAACGGGACGCACCUGUGCAGCCCCAGCGCGGACUGCAUGAACACCAUGGGCUCCUACCGCUGCCUGUGCAAGGAGGGAUUCUCUGGAGACGGGUUCUACUGCGUCGACUCGGAUGAGUGUGCGGAGAACGUGAAUCUGUGUGAGAACGGACACUGUCUGAACAUCGCGGGUGGAUACCGCUGUGAGUGUGACAUGGGCUUCAUCCCCACCGCAGACGGGAAAGCCUGUGAAGACAUAGACGAGUGCACGUUUGCAGACAUCUGUGUGAACGGCCGCUGCCGCAACAUCCCAGGUCUCUUCCGGUGCCUGUGUGACCCCGGAUACGAGCUGGACCGCAGCGGAGGAAACUGCACAGACGUGGACGAGUGCGCCAACCCGACCACCUGCAUCAGCGGCCUGUGUCUGAACACGCCGGGCAGCUACAUCUGCAACUGUCCGCCCGGCUUUGAGCUCAACCCCACUGGAGUGGGCUGUGUCGACACUCGCUCUGGAAACUGCUACCUGGAACUGCAGUAUCGUGGUGAUUUCUCAGACAGUCUGUACUGCUCGACGGAGAUCGGUGUGGGCGUGUCCAAAGCGUCCUGCUGCUGUUCUCUGGGUCAGGCGUGGGGGUCGCCCUGCGAGGCCUGUCCGACGCCCAACUCCACGGAGUACAAGGUUCUUUGUCCUGGAGGCGAAGGAUUCCGACCCAAUCCCAUCACGGUGAUACUAGAGGAUAUCAACGAGUGUCAGGAGCUGCCUGGUCUGUGUCAGGGAGGAAACUGCAUCAACACGUUUGGCAGUUUUCACUGUGAAUGUCCGAAAGGUUUUGCACUCAGUGAAGAAACCAGAAUCUGUGAAGAUGUGAAUGAGUGUGACCGUCAAGGCAUCUGCGGUCCGGGUCAGUGUUACAACACCAUAGGGAACUACACCUGCAUCUGCCCAGCCGAGUACAUGCAGAUCAACGGAGGAAACAACUGCAUGGAUAUGCGCAAGAGCUUGUGCUACAGGAACUACUACUCUGAUAACGCCACGUGUGAUGGAGAGCUGACCUUCAACAUGACCAAGAAGUUCUGCUGCUGCUCGUACAACAUCGGCCGGGCCUGGAAUAAACCCUGCGAGAAGUGUCCCAUCCCCAGCACCAAUGAGUUCGCUGUGCUGUGUGGAAGUGAGAGACCUGGAUAUAUCAUUGACAUUUACACCGGUCAAGUCAUUGACAUCGACGAGUGCCGUGAGAUUCCUGGAGUGUGCGACAACGGCGUGUGUAUCAACAUGAUCGGCAGUUUCCGCUGUGAAUGUCCGAUGGGUUUCGUCUAUAAUGACAAGAUGCUGAUCUGUGAGGAUAUUGAUGAAUGCCAGAACGGGCCGGUGUGUCAGCAGAACGCUGUCUGUCUGAACGUUCCUGGAAGUUUCCGCUGUGAGUGUAAACCUGGAUACCGGCAAACUCCCACCCAGCAGUGUGUCGAUCGUAACGAGUGUGCUGAGAAUCCAAACAUCUGCAGUCCGGGUCAGUGUAUUGACAUGGUGGGUAGUUACCGCUGUAUCUGCCCCAACGGCUUCAAAUCCAUGCCAGACCUGUGUAUCGAUGUGGAUGAGUGCGAGCGUCAGCCGUGUGGAAAUGGAACCUGUAAGAACACUGUAGGCUCCUACAACUGCCUGUGUUACCCAGGAUUCCAGCUGUCACACAACAACGACUGCAUCGAUACAGACGAGUGCACGUCGCUCCGUGGCUUGUGUCGGAACGGAAACUGCAUGAACACGGUGGGCUCGUUUUUGUGCUUGUGUCUGGACGGGUAUAAACUCUCUCCUGACGGCCGGACGUGUGUGGACAUCAACGAGUGUUUGAUCAGCCCCGGCACCUGCGGCCCGGGAACGUGCCAGAAUCUGGACGGCUCCUACAGGUGCAUCUGUCCUCCUGGAUACUUCCUGCAGAACGACAGAUGUGAAGAUAUCGACGAAUGCACUCAGACUGCAGAGAUCUGCAUCUUUGGCAAGUGCGUGAACACGCCGGGCAGCUUCAGGUGCGAGUGUCCGGAGGGAUUCCAGCUGUCCGCGAAUGGAAAGAGAUGCGUGGAUAUUCGUGUGAAUUACUGUUACACUAAAUUCGAGAACGGACGCUGCCAGGCUCCGAAGCCCUUCAACACCACUAAAGGCCUCUGCUGCUGUAGCGCGAUGCCGGGUCAGGGAUGGGGCGACCCGUGCGAGAUCUGCCCCUCUCCGGACGAGGAGGCACACAAAGCUCUGUGUCCUGCUUCUGGUAAAAUCAUGACGACAGAUGAAAUCCCUGUGGAUGUGGACGAGUGCACAGAAAACCCUGGCAUCUGCAAGAACGGCCACUGCAUCAACACGGACGGGACGUUCCGCUGCGAAUGUCCGUUCGGCUACCGGCUCGACACCACCGGGGUCAACUGUGAAGACACGAACGAGUGUGAGCUGGGGAACCCGUGCGGGAACGGCACUUGCACAAACGUGGAGGGAGCGUUCGAGUGCAGCUGUGACGAGGGCUUCGAGCCCGGACCCAUGAUGACCUGUGAAGAUAUCAACGAGUGUUCCCAGAAUCCCCUGCUGUGCGCGUUCCGCUGCGUCAACACGGUGGGGUCGUACGAAUGCAAAUGUCCAGCGGGAUACGUGCUGAGAGAAGACCGCCGGAUGUGCAAAGAUCAGAACGAGUGUGAGGACGGGCUGGACGACUGCGCGUCCAGAGGGAUGACCUGUAAGAAUCUGAUCGGCACGUACAUGUGCAUCUGCUCGCCGGGAUACACCAGACAGCCCAACGGAGACAGCUGCGUGGAUCUGAACGAAUGCACGGCCAAACCGGGCAUCUGUGAGAACGGCCGCUGCGAGAACACGGUGGGCAGUUACCGCUGCGUCUGCGAUCAGGGCUUCAGUCCCAGUCCCAGCAGAACCGAGUGCAUCGAUAACCGUCAGGGCUUCUGCUUCCUGGAGGUUCUCCAGACCAUGUGUCAGAUGAGUUCCAGCAGCCGCGUCAGCGUCAGGAAGUCCGAGUGCUGUUGUGACGGGGGCCGCGGAUGGGGGCCCAACUGCGAACUCUGCCCGCUGCCCGGGACCACGCAGUACAAGAAGAUGUGCCCGCUGGGACCCGGAUACACCACCGACGGACAGGAUAUUGACGAGUGUAAGGUGAUGGGGAACCUGUGUAAGAACGGCCAGUGUCUGAACACGCUGGGCUCCUUCAGCUGCGUCUGUAAGCCGGGAUACACCAGUGACAUCAGCAGCACUCAGUGUGUGGAUGUGGACGAGUGUGUUCAGGCUCCUAAACCCUGUAACUUCAUCUGUAAGAACACGGAGGGCGGGUACCUGUGCUCAUGUCCACGUGGAUAUGUGCUGCAGGACGACGCCAAGAGCUGUCGGGAUCUGGACGAAUGCGCCACCAAACAACACAACUGCCAGUUCCUGUGUGUCAACACCAUCGGAGGAUUCACCUGCAAAUGCCCACCGGGAUUCACACAACACCACACGGCCUGCAUCGAUAAUAACGAGUGUGCCACUGAACCGGGACUCUGCGGUCCAAACGGAGUGUGUCAGAACAGCCCCGGCAGCUUCAACUGUGAGUGUCAGAGAGGAUUCUCCCUCGACCCCAACGGACAGCACUGUGAAGACAUGGACGAGUGUGUGGGGAAUCAUCGCUGUCAGCAUGGCUGUCAGAAUCUGGUGGGCGGCUACAGAUGCAGCUGUCCACAGGGAUACCUGCAGCACUACCAGUGGAACCAGUGUGUCGAUGAGAACGAGUGCCAGAACAGUCAGAUAUGUGGCGGCGCCUCGUGUCACAACACGCUGGGCAGUUUCCGCUGCCUGUGUCCGACAGGCUUCGCCUUCGAACAGAUGACGGGUGGCUGUCAGGACAUCAACGAGUGCAGCUCAUCACAGAACCCCUGCACCUUUGGCUGCUCCAACACUGACGGAGGAUACCUGUGCGGCUGCCCACCUGGAUACCUGCGAGCUGGACAGGGGCACUGUCUGUCCAGCGCGGGUCUGCCGCCCAGUGGAUCUCCUCACAUUCCCGCCGGUGAUGAUGAGAACGCUCUCUCUCCUGAGGCCUGCUACGAGUGUAAGAUCAACGGCUUUCAUAAGAAGGGCCGCAAACGAAGAAAUGUCAAUGGAACUGAGGAGCUUCGGAACGAUCUGGACUGGGUGAGUCUGGCCAGUGUGGACGUGGACAACACGCUGCAGCUCCAGCUGAACAUCAGCACGCUGAAGAGCAAAGACCACAUCAUCGACUUCGUGCCGGCGCUGUCCACGCUCUCCAACCACGUGCGCUACACCAUCGACUACGGCAACGACGACGGCCUGUUCCGCAUGAACCAGAAGGACGGCGUCAGCUACCUGCACAUAUCCAAGAAGAAAGCUCUCCAGCCGGGAGCGUAUUAUUUACAAAUCCGCAGCGUGCCGCUGUCCGGCAGCAGGGAGCCCACGGGAGAGCGGCCCGACACGGACUACCUCAGCGGGCAGCUGGGAGACGCUCUGCACAUGAGCGUACAGAUCGUCCUGCACUGACGGACACACGGACAGACUGCCGCAGCCUCGCCCAAAGAGCAGCACGUACCGCACCCGCGCAUCAUACGCUCGCAUCCCAUAUUACACACUCCCACCGCCGCCGCGGACCAACGGACGGAAGGGUCGCGUCGCGCCGCGCCGCGGCCCGGCUCUCGCUCUCGCUCAGUCUAUCGUAUCUUACCGGUGCUAGUCACGUGAGCGCGUAGAUUCAUGCACUGUAAUAACCGACCCACGCCGUCUGCGGCUGCCCGACGCUAGCCUUUCUGUUCUCUGCAAAUAUGCUAACGGGGUUUCUGCAGCUCUUAUCAAGGUCACUUCAGAGCAAUAAAGGAACAAAUUCAAUGGAACACAAUACUUCGUCAGCAUGCAACACUCCCAACGGACCGCCAUUACUGUUUCGUUCAUGAUACGGAACAAACCGCUUAUGUUUUGAAUAUUUGUGCUCAGAAACACUAGAAUAUGGAAAUAACUUGUACUGUAAAUCUGAUCACACUGCAUAAAACUGCUGUUCUUCCUCAGUAUUUCUGCCUUGUUUUCCAGUGCAGAUGUCUAAAGAUCCUUAAAUCAAGAAGCAAAGUGACCAAUGUUGGGGUAACGCAUUACGAGCAGCGCAAGUUUUCAAGUAACUAGUAAAGUAAUGCAUUACUUUAAAUUUACAAAUAUCUGAGUUUUUUUUCAAAUAAGUAACGCAGCUGCCAAAAAUAUAACUUUUGGGUUUUUUGUUAUUAAAAAUAAAUAAGCACAGCUCAGGUGACAAAAAGUAACACAAACGUAACGUAAUGUAAUGCAUUACUUUCCACACAAAGUAACUAAGUAACGCAAUUGGUUACUUUUAAAAGUAACUUUCCCCAGCACUGAAAGUAACAGAACAGGAAGUCUCAUUUUCUGAGAAAUGUAUCAACCUAAAGUGUGUUUAUAAUUAAGGGGGGACCAUUUUCAACAAAAAACUGAAAACUUGUGUUUUGGCCGUACAUUUACACUAAAAUGUGAGGGCCUAAAAUGCAAACUUUUAAGACAGGUUUCAAAGUGUACGUUUUUUGUAAAUAAUCACUGUGUAAACUAACAAAUUUUCUUUUUUUUAAAGAGACAUCGCAGCUACUGGCCGUUUUCCAAUCACAUGAUCUGUUGAGGCGAAAUCACAUGACUUUUUUGUUGCACAUCUAGGCAUUUAUUCAGUAAAUGUGUUUCCAUCAGUUUAUGCAUGUUUUCUCAUUGAAUAAAAAAAUAGCCCAUUUAAGAUUGUAUGCCCAUCUUGCCGUUGCCGGUUCAUUAAAAAUGAGCGUAAAAACACAUGAUAGGUGUCGAUACAGCUAUCGACAGACGUUUGUUCUUGUUUUAAGCAUAAACCUGUUUAAUUUCUCAGAGACUUCGUAUGUUCAUUUUGCAUCUCGAUUUAAGAAUCUUUAGACAUUUGCACUGGAAAACAAGACAGAAAUACUGAGGAAGAGAUUGAUGUUUUGCAGUGCAUGCAACAUUUAUGAAUUUUAGUCUUUCUGCUUUGACUUCAGACCGAACGCAGAUCUUUGUAAGACCCUCAGAAACCCUGUCCAUGUAAUUUAAGUGUGUCUAUACUGUAACCGUGUCACUUUUUUACUCGCGAUCGCAUUUGUAAACUAGAGGACCCCUGGAACGGAGGGGUUUGUAAUGGUGCUUCUUAUAAUGACCAACUACUUGUAAACUGUGUUUCUGUGACUCGAUCCAUAUGCACUGAGGUCUGACGGCCACACGCACCUCCACACACACCCUGUGGCCUCCGGCGAUGAGAACGCCGCCUCUGCCGUCUGUACGACCACGUUCUGUUCUGUCUUCACACUCGUGAGGGGUUUAGAUGUACAUUCACAAUAAAAACAUAUUUUUGGUUGUACGGGCGACUCGAGCGCUGGCCUUCUUUCAGAGCGGCUGCCGAACUCCAUCAGGUCUCAGGAUCGCUCGCUCUCGCUCGCUUCCACUUAGAAAAACGAUGAUUUGACAUGGACGACAUUGGCAUCAUAUAAUACCGCUGCUUUACAGAAUUGCCAAUACUACGGUAUUCUUUAACCCUGUAAAGCCUGGCAUAAAAAAUAACAGCUGGAAAAAUCAUUUCUUCAAAUGAAACCUUUAGACAAAAUAUAUUACCAGAAAGUUUGCAAAUGUGUUUUGUGUUUCCAAAGGAUUUUAUGGCUCAUAUCAUCUGAAAUUGUCAGAAUAUGGAGCUCAGGUUUAUUCAGAGACUCAAACUGAGCAAAAACAUGCUGAUAUUUAUAUGAUGAAAUUAUGAUGCUUAUAAUGUAAAUCAAUGAGAUCUUUAUACAAGUAUAGCAGAGACUGACAUAAAAUGAUCUAAAUAUCAGUUGUCGCUCUAUAUUUCCAAUAAUAUGUCUUAGUAAAAUGAGUUUGAAAUGGUCCAAACAUAUAAUGCAAUGCAAUCCAAUGAUGUUUGAGAGAAGAAGAAAUAAAGCACCAGCUGAAGUGGACGUUUGUACAAUUACACUAAAAAAAUUAAACUGGAAAAAAAAAAAAAAAAAAACUCCAAA